AUAACCGCCAAAAUGGCCGUCAUUGAUUAGUUAUUAUCGCGGCUACCACAAACUAUGACAAAUUCCUAUUGAAGACAAUGGGAUUCGUCGUUGAUUUAGACGGAGCCAAGUAAAAGUAUGGUCAACUAAAACAGUACAUAAUAUAAAACAUGUCUCAAGAUCCGAAAGAAUCUUCGGUGAGGACACGCAGUGAUUCUCGAGACAGAAUAAGUUCUGACAUGCCAACGUUAUCGCGAUCAAAUUCAAGAAGCGAUUCCAAAGACAGGACAUCUCAGUUGGAAAGCAAAGACAAAAUAAAAUUGGAAUCAUCACACUCCAAGUCAAAAGAUCAGAUGUCAUAUUCCCGUUCAGACUCCAAAGAUUCUUCUAAAUCAAGGCCAGAGUCUACUGCAAAAAUAAAAUUUGAGUCCAAAACAGCCACGGAUUCUCCAGAAAGGAAGCCAAAAUCGGAACCAGAGAAGAAAGCAAAGUCCACACCUCCUGUUUUGGAAAGUAUCACUCCAGAACCAGAGCAUAAGCCAAUUAAACUCAAGCUUUCCCUGUCCCAGAUCAAGGCUUUCACUCCAUCAGUUGCUGAUGACUCAGAUUCAGCCACUUCUUAUGAAGACUAUGCAAUCGGAUCCUCCAAGCGUCAUAAGAAAAAAGAUGGCAGUUCAGGCAAAAAGAAAAAAACAAAAGCAAAGAAGAAAUCAAAAAGUCAAAUUCCUGAGUCAGAUUAUCUGGCACCACCCACUUUAGACCUCAUGGAGACUGGCCACACACCCUUGUCAGUGCUGAGUGAUACAGAAACCAGUCUGCCCUUGGAGCCGGAACCCUUGAUGAUGCAAAACAUGGACGUUUCUACAGACAGUGCAACAGGCAACAGCUUUAUGGAGAAGGAUGAGGAGGACUCUGUCAUUCAGGAAGGUAUGAAAAUGUGCUCACUUUGUGGUUGUGGAAAAAAGAGCCUACUAGGACAAGGUCCAUUGCUCCUGUACGCUCCAACUCCAGGGUUUAACUUCCGCAAACCCCUGCCUAAGUCGCUUAAAGGGGCCAGUGGGGAGGCUGAAGACAAGGCUCUAGAAAAGGGGCCAAAGCCGUUGACUCAAAGGCGACAAAGGGGUCUAGGAAAAAAAGAUCCAUUUUGUUCACCGCGUCGAUUCAUUGAUGACGAAAUUAAUGAAGGGUUUGAUGAAUUGGCAACUGUUGGAUUUACAGAGGACACUGAAGUUACAUCACUUUUUGAAUCUACAGGUCAUGUUUAUAGCCACCACUAUUGUGCGGCCUGGUCCGAUAGUGUCCGGCAGACUGACGAGGGGUUGACAGUAGAGCUGGUGGACAAGGCAGUGGUGACUGGUCUUACACAGAAAUGCAGCUACUGUCUGCGAUAUGGUGCUACGAUCACAUGCAAAUACAGCAAAUGCAAUAAAGUAUAUCACUAUCCAUGUGCAUCAGCGGGUGGAUGUUUUCAGGACAUGAAGACUCUAUCAAUGCUGUGUCCUGAUCACUUGGAGGAGACAGACACUAUAGGCUGCGAGGAGUCUGUAUGUGCGGUGUGCAAGAUGGUGGGUGACAUAGCCAUUCAGCUGUUCUGUACAAGCUGUGGCAACCAUUACCACGGCAACUGCGUUCACCCGGCCGUGGAGGUCAACCCCACUGUGCGGGCAGGCUGGCAGUGCCCUGAUUGCAAGAUAUGUCAAAUGUGCAGAAACCCUGGGGAGGACAGCAAGAUGUUGGUGUGUGACCUCUGUGACAAGGGCUACCACACGUUUUGCCUCAAACCUACAAUGUCAUCUAUACCCAAAAAUGGCUGGAAGUGCAUGAACUGUCGUAUAUGCGAGGACUGCCAGUCUCGGACCCCAGGCAGCGGCAAGAGCUCCCGCUGGCACCACAACUUCAGCGUCUGUGAUAGCUGCUACCAGCAGCGCAACAAGGGCCUCUGCUGCCCCCUGUGCGGAAAGGCAUACCGACACUUUGCACAGAAAGAAAUGGUGCCAUGCAAUAUGUGCAAAAAAAUGGUGCAUAUAGAGUGUGAUGAAGCCAUAGAUUCCACAAUCAUACGACAGCUGAAAGGUGACGAGCCCCUUGAAUACUUGUGCAAGAUUUGCAGAAAUCGGGACCCUGAGAUGGAUAUGCCAGACUAUCCACUGGCGGGGUUACCAGUCCUACCUCUUGGCAUUGAAGAUUCUGUGUCCAUGGACAGUCUGUAUCCAUCUAAAGUGUUAACUGGAGACGUGAUGCUGGGCUUGGGGGACAUACCGGAGGAGCUGCUGGGUGAAGACAGCUCCCAGCACAGCAACUCCCAGUUCCCUCCCCUGCCUCACAACGAGGACUCCUGCUCUAGUAUGGACCUCGACCUUCACGGCAUGCUUUCUCCAUCAUCAUCCUACUUUCCAAACACUGAUCUUGCGUUUGGACGCGGCAAGUUGGUUGCCAUGGCAAGAAAGAAGAUGGCUCUGGCAGGGAAAGCUAGGGGCCGAGGUAUUGGUCAUAGAGGUAGACCCAUAGGCACCAUAAAACGCAGAGGGCCUAAACCAAAGAUGAGUUCUGGGUUGCGAGAUAGCAAAAAGGAGAAAAAUAAUGACACAGACGACGAUGAUGACGACCAUCCAAACACCAUAGUGCUGGCCAACAAGGCAGACAGGUUCACUUUAGAUCAGGACAUUUGCAAGAGCUGUGGUAGUAUAGGCAAGGGGCCAGAGGGGAGGAUGUUGGCCUGCACUCAGUGUGGACAGUGCUACCACCCCUUCUGUUCCAGUACCAAGAUAAACAAGGUGGUUCUCCAAAAAGGCUGGCGCUGCCUUGACUGCACUGUGUGCGAGGGGUGUGGCCGACCUCACGAUGAGGGGAGGCUACUCCUGUGUGAUGAGUGCGACAUCAGCUAUCACACGUACUGCCUAGACCCUCCACUUGUUACUGUGCCCAAGGGGACCUGGAAAUGCCAAUGGUGUGUGAUGUGCCUAAUCUGUGGCUCCAAGAACCCUGGGUUUGGUUGCCAAUGGCAGCGCAACUACACACACUGCGGGCCAUGUCACAGCAAGAUCUCGUGUCCGUACUGCCGCAUGAAGUACCAGGAAGAUGAGCUUAUCAUUCAGUGUGUCCAGUGCUAUAGAUGGCUUCAUGCGGCCUGUGACAGUAUAAUGAAUGAAGACGAUGCAGAGAGGGCGGCAGAGUUUGGCUAUCACUGUACCUUCUGUAGACCUCGAACAGGACAGCCAGGGCCCUUGCCACCAGAAAUUGCCACCCCUGUCAGCAACAUCCCAUUCACUUUUCCACCCCCACCUGUCAAGGAACCUGAGCCAGUCAAAUACUACCUCUGCGACGGCGUGCUCAUCUCGAAGCAGGCCAAGUCACAAAUCGAUAAAAUCAUCAUCGAGCCUCCGAAAAUCCGCCGGACGCGGCGUUGGAGCAAGCGGCCCGAGAACUAUGACGAGACUUUGGAAGAGAAGAUGAUGCUGGAAGCAAAGAUGAAGGAGAUACGUGAAGGCCGGAGAGGUGCCUCGGACUCCCAGGACUCCUCCACUGCUGCCCCAGCCCUGCACCGUCUGCUCUCCAGUAGCUCAGAUAGGGACGAUGAUAGAGACAUGGAUAUGAAGUCCCCAGAAGAUGAAGGUGAACUGAGAGCUGAAGCAAUAAAAAUGUUGGACGAUGAAAAGCGGAAAAUGAAAAGGAAAAAUAUUGCAAAAAUUGGUGUUGGUGGCUUCAAUGUGAACAAAAGAAAAAAUUAUGGCAGAGGUCGAGGGGAGGGGCCAUCGCAGGAGGGGUUAGAAAAGGGGCCAAUAGGGGCUGCGAGUUUCCUUGAUGCAGACGAGACCAUGCAAUGCGCAGAUGAGGAAAGGCCUAAGCCUAAAUGGCAGAGAAAAGUGGGGCCUGGUCGUCGACGGAGCGUCUUGACGGAGAACUUCCCAUCAUACAUGCAGGAGGCAUUUUUCGGUACAGAGAUUCUCAUGAAAAGCAAGGAACACCCACGUCAGGGACUGAAAUUACUUGACUUGGAAGAUGACAAACCGUCCAUUGAGCCUGUCAAACUUCUAGCAGAAUCCUUAGUACGAGAAGAAAGUGCCAUAGAAAUAUCAAGCCAAAUCAAGAGGCAGCUGGCAGAAAUGCCGAAAUCCACUCCAGAAAGGACACCUAAACCUCCAACACCCGAAGCCAUUUCCAGUACUAUUCCAGCAGAUGAUCAAGACCAGGAGGAGUUUCAGCUGCUGGAUGACUUCGAUAUUGACGAGAAUUUCAUCCGAAUGAUUGAGGAUACCCUGGACAACAAGAAUCUGGAGCACGAUUAUGCAGGUUUAAAUGUGACAUCACUACUGGAGGUGGAGGAGACAGCAGAGGCUGACGACCUUUCUGCACCGAAACCUGUCAGUGACAAGACGGCGGAAGAUGACCUCGACUUGAACGAAGAGAAGAAUGACAUCGAUCAGCUAUUUGCUAAAGAUGGGGUCCCAGGCCUGGAGCCAAUUGACAGCAAAACAGUGGAGGACAUCUUCAAUGGUGUGCUCUCAGAUCAGCCUGUGCCUAGCUCUGCCCCUAGCGACGUGGAUCACCAUGGCGUGCCCCCUGAGCACACUAUGGGCGCAGUUCCCCCUCAAUUGCACCAUCAGCAGCAUCAGAUGCCUCCCCACCAUGGCAUGCCCCCCGGGGGUCACCUGCCCGGGAUAUCGGGCCCUGGAACCCUGCCACCUCACGUCUCAGUUUCCAUGGGCUCUCCUAUGCAGCUCCCUGGGGCACCGGAUCAUAUGCCAGGAGAUUUCAGCAUGGGUCCACAUGGCCCCGGUAUGCAGCCUGGUAUGCCCCAUCGGCCCCCAUUCCCAGGGUUCCAUCCACAACAAUUCAGACCCCAGCCCGGACAGGCCCCGUUCCCGUUCCCACCGGGUAUGCCCGCACAAUGGCCUGCGCAGGCUGCCCCGGACGAUACAGGGAACCAGGAGAACAGCCGCCGGAACAUGCAGAAGUGGGAGUCAGAUGAGGACCUAGGGGAGAAUGCUACGAUUUCACCCAUACUCUACUGCAACCUCAAACAUCCAGAGUUGAAACAAGAAUUCCCAGAUUGGUCAGAGAGAUCGAAACAGAUUGCAAAGAUUUGGAGGAAAUUGACCCCAGAAGAGAAACAGCCUUACUUGUUGAAAGCGAGAAAGAAUCGUGGAACAGUGAAGGGCAGACAACCCAAGGUUCCUGACAGCCGACGCAAGAAGGAAACUAUGCCGCAAAUGCCGGGGGUCCCAGGGAUGUACAAUAGCCCUGAUGGUACUCCUGGAGUGCAGAGCCCUAUCAACUCCAGCCCCGGGGGCAUCCAGAGCCCUAUCCGGCCUACUGGAGCCAUGAUGCCUGGUACACCGGGGGGCCAGUCUCCAGGACAGCCUAGUCCAGGGCAUGUCUAUCAGGACCCAUUCGGCAUGCCUCAAACGCCCCGAGGUCAAGAUCCCUACGCCAUGACACCACCCACACCCCGUCAGCCGGGCUCAGAGUUCAACAUUCCCCCAACAGGCAUGCCUAGACCACAGAGGCCAGAUUCUGUAGGGCACUCGCCCACUGGCAGAGUCCCACCGGGGGCAAUGACCCCUCAGAGGCCCGGAGAGCCGGGUUUGAGACCCGAGGCGUUCCGGAGCCCUGUACGUGGACAGGAGCAGUUCAGCCCAAUGCCGGGCAUGCAUGGCUUGGGUCAGUUCGGACCCCCUAGUUCGCAGGCUACAGGGCCCCAAGGGAUGUGGCCUGGCCCUGGACCUGAUCUUGACCCUUAUGCAAGACAACCUGGGACUCCUAUGCCAAGGCAGAUGCCCCCACCAGGCUUUACAAGACAGCCUAGUAUGGGCUCUAGUGACGACCCGUUCGCUUUUACUGCCUCAUCAGACCCAGGGGAUACUCACAUGGGACAACCUUUGAUGCCACAGGGCCCCUUUUAUCCAGGGCCCAGACACAUGCAGGGUAGGGCAAUGCCAGUGCCCAACAAGCCCGGGGAGAUGUUCCGACUACCUGUACCUGGAAUGAGACCCCACGGGAUGGGGGUUGACUUCAUGCCCGGGGGUCCACGGAUGCCCAUGCAGCACCCAAGAAUGCAAAGCCCUGAACCGUCUGCUUUACAGCGUAUAUUUGAGGUGGCCAAGCGACAGCCCAUGUCUGCCCUCAACCCCUUAUGGCCGCACCGUUUGCAAGCUGUGGGUGCAAUGCCAGGCCAGCAUCCUGGGCAAGGAGUGAAUGAGGAGAUGCUGCUGUUGUCUAGGAAACAGGAGGAGAUGGGCCAACAAGACAAGAGGACGGAACUCUCAAAUAUUCGUUCCAAAGUGCAUCAGACAGCCCAGAAGCUUGGCUACUUGAAAGAAGCAGGAGAACCAGACAAGCCCCUUACCGCUGGCCCCUCCACCCCUGGAGCUGGUAUCCAGGCAACCAACCAGGGUCCCGGGGCAGCAGGAGUUAAUCAGGGGCCGGUGGAGUCGAGACUUACUGCUCCUGUGGGGGCGGAUUACAAACAUGAGGACACCGAUCUUGGGGAUUUCUUGAAUGAGGAUGGCUCCUUCGACAUCUUGUCCUACGCCGACCCAGAUCUUGACCCAGGUGAUCGGACCAUAUUUGACGACCUGGUGGCCGACGUGAAUCAACCAAGUGACAAGAAAACGGACCAAAAGUUAGUGCCUGGGGAUGGCAAGAGGGAAUUCAAAGAGGAGCCUGGGUUGAAGAAGGAAGUAAAGCACAAGACUGAAGGAGAGAAAUCAGAUGAUGACAAAAAGAAGAUAAAUGAGUUCCAAGCACAGUUCAGGAAGUUCAGCGAAGGAAAGGCAGAAGGGCGGGCUGAGGAAUCCUUCAAGCAAGAACCCGUCACCCCAACCCUGUCACGGCAGAGUUCAAGAAAGGACCUGGAGGAUUCCAAACCGCUCUCAGCCCCUGGAACCCCUGGUGACCCAAAUAUUCUGCGGGGCCCAGGCUCUGUCCCCUACCAGUCUGGGUCAGUACAUUCGCCGCACCAGACUGGUCUCAGCCAGCAGUCGCCUUCACCAAAAGUCAUGCCCUCACCAAAGAGUCAGCCAUCUCCUAGAACACCAGGGGAUAGCCAGGUGUUUCAGCAACAACAGUCUCCGUUCUCACAACAAAGCGUGCAAUCCCCAUUCUCUCCGUCCGCCCAGGCUUCAUUGUCUGCACCUCAGUCGCCAUACGCCGGUUCUUUCCCAAAAUCGCAGUCCCCGUUUGCCAUGAUAUCAGGCGCCGGUCAGCCGGUGUCCGCAAUGAUGGGGCAGGGAUCACCCGUCUCCACAUACAGUCAGUCACCCACCCCUCCCAUGCCAAUGCUGCGUUCGCCCCGUGCCACCAUGACCCCUGGUGGCCCUUUCCCUCCGCAGGGACAGUUUCCCCAGCAAGUCAUGCCUCCAAGAGGGAUGCACCCAGGUCAGCCAGGUCACAUGUUCAAUCAGCAGCAACUACGUCAACAAAUGCCUGGUGCACGACCUCCAACUUCACUACCUGUUUCCCAGCAGCAUCAAAUUCCUCACAGUCAGCCUCCCAUCAGUGGCAGUGAAAUGUCGCCAGGAAUAAGACAAAUGCUACCUGGUAUGCGACCUUUGUUUCCAGGCCACCCACCUCUCUCACCCGGAAAGCUGGUCCAAGGUCAGAUGCCUGCAGGCAUGUACAAUCCAGGUAUGAGACCCACAGGCCCAGGAAUGCAGCAACGACCACCACAGUAUAUGCCCCAACCUCCCAUGGCGCCCAUGUCGGUGGCUGCUAACAUGCCCACGUCUUCUUCAGCUGCGUCCACAGCAACCAGUCGCUCACAGCUUUUACAGGAUCAGCCAUUGCUUAUACAGGAUUUACUGGAACAGGAGAAGCUGGAGCAGGAAAAGCGGCAGCGUGAGCAGCAGGCCAUGCUGGAGAGGACGGGGGGUGUGAGACCUGAGGGCAUGAUGGGACCACGCCCGCCCCCCCACAUGGGCAUGGUGGGCAUGCCACCACGUAUGGAGGGCUUGGUCAGGCACCCCGGCCAGCCAGGCAUGUUUGCAGCACCAGAUAUGGGCGGGAUGCGGCCCCGAAUGCCUGGGCCCAUGAGCCCGCACACUCAGGGUAUGCCCCCGUUUGGUGUGAACCAGGGGCCAGUGGGCGUUCAGGGGCAAAUGGCCCCUCCUCAGAAACCAUCUACACCUGUGGACAACAUGGCUGACUCUGGUCAGCAGCACAUGUUAUACAACUCGUGGCUCAACCAGCACGGAGAGUACCUGGAGAUGAGGGUGAAGUUUGUGGAGCAGCAGAUACAGAAACAGAAAAGGACCAAGAAGGCCAUCAAUGCCAGAAACAGACAGGCUAAGAAGAAUGGCCAGGAGAUGGCUGCACAUGACGCGAGCGAGCUAGAGCGCGCCAACCAGGAGGUGUCUAUGCUAAACAAGGAGCUCGACACACUCAAGAAACAGAGGACCAAGCACCAGCUGCAGAUACAGGACUACCAGCGCAAGCAACAGGAGAGGUUUGGUCAGAUGAGCCUGCAUGGGCAGCCAUCCCAGGUGGGCGGGGCAGGUCCUGGAAUGCCUCCCAAUAUGCCCCCCAAUAUGCCCCCAGGCUCAAUGGGGCCGGGAAAGCAGCCUGGAAUGCAGCCGGGAAUGCAGCCACCUCCGCCCCGCAUGCCCGGUAUGGCUCCGUCCACGCGUCUCACAGCCAGCAAGAAGCAGGAGUAUGACCUGUAUGUGCAACAGAGGCUGCGACAGGCGGGCCCCGGGGUGGGGGCGCCAGGGUUAGGCGGGCCUGGUCCAGGUCAGAGGAUGCCUCGCCCACAUCUGAUGGGGGCAGGGCCCCAGCCUAGGAUGGCUAUAGGGGAUAACAACCCAUUCAGUGACACGUACCAACAGCAAGAGCAGAUUGAAAAGUUCAGAGAACAUCAGAUCAAACCAGGUGAGUCUCCUGGAGUUGACGGUAUGGCAGUGUACAGCGAGGGCAUGCCCAGAUUUCCUGGCCCACGGGAACCCCACCCCCCUCAGGCCAGUGCCAUGGGGCCACACCCAAUAAUGCAACGCUUUCCAGGCCCACCCCCAGAAGGUCACCCAGCUUGGCUGCAGCAGCAACAGCAGCAACUUCAGCAGCAGCAACAGCAGUUGCAGCACCCGCAGCAGAGGUUCCCUAUGGAGCCUAUGAGUCAGCGAAUGCCUGGGGCACCCUUGGGGGAGGGGAUGCAUCGAAUGCCUGUCUCGUAUCAAGGACCGCCACCUGCAAGUCAGGAAUUCACACCAGAAGUUAGUAUUCCUCCCCCACCUGUGGAUGCUGUGACUAACAUAGAGUCGAAAGACAAAUCGAAGAAACGGAAGAAAAAGAAAAAAGCCGCUGAUAGUGCCCCAGCCAGUACCCCCCAGUCUACGCAGGGUAAGCCGCCCCCAAUGCAGUUCAAGCCCCAGGAUGAGACUGAGCGACGCAUCAUGGAGAUCCUCAGCAACACGGCCAACAUGCAGCGGGGCCAGGCAGCCACCACCACGGCUGCUACACCUGCCACCACAACCACCGCCACUGGCACCGUACAAACCACUGUUGCUGGUUCCCCUUGUACGACUGCAGUGGUCAGUGAGCAGGGAGACAGUCUCACCUCACAGGCUGCCACUACUCAGACGUACAGUCCUAAUGUGCAGCCUUCCAAGACACCACCUGUCCACAGACCACCUACUCCAGGUCAACAGGGACGGUUAACUCCAGGCUCUCAAGGUCGUCUCACACCUGGUAACCAAGGGCGAUUGACCCCUGGAUCUCAGGGGAGAUUGACCCCAGCCAGCCAUGACCAGGGGGCCACAGUAGACACACAGAAAACUGGUGGUCAGUCCCCAAUUGGAAACUCUGCUAGUAGCGAAUCUACAGGCUCCACAGCUGCCCUACCUGCAGGUCAGCUGAGAUCACAGUUUUCUGUCUCCGAUUCAUCUAUUGAGAUUGCCAGCCAAGGACUAUACACUGGUGCUAGCAGCCCAGCUCAGCAAGGGCAGUUGGUGUCUCCAGCCUCAGGUCAGCCUGUUACAAAAGAUUUGCCAAUGUCUGGCAUGCAUGUGUCAGGACCUGAACAAUAUAUUACACCACCCCCAAUGAAUGCAGGUCAAGGUCUGAGGAUGCCAGGGAUGCAUUCACAGAGUCAGAUGCGACCCAGUCAUCGCUUGACCAGACCACCAAUGGGAGAGCAAAUAGGCAGCCAGCCAGUAUCCCAUUCCAUGCAUCAACCACUUCAGGGAAACAGCCAGGCAAUGGGUCCGCUGGGGACCUCUUCUGAGGCAGAAAUGUCUCUACAGGGACCUCAUCCCGGUCAACAAGCAUUCCAAGCGAGUUUAAGACCUGGGUUCCUUCCUGGGCAGGUACGAGCGGGCACGCAUCCACAAGCCAGACCAAUGUUCCAUCCCAGAGGAGGCGGUGAGCAGCCAAAUUUACCACCCGUGUUUCAUCCAAGUUUUAUGCAAGGCCCAUUAAGACAGCCUCCUCCAAUGCCUCAUUGGAUAGCGCCAGAGGCUGCUGCCAGGAAUUCUUUACGGCAUGGCUUAUCAGCCAUGUCUUAUAAUCAGGGACUUACUAUGCCAGGUGCUCUGAACAUUCCUCCUCACGACAUUCCACCCCCAGACCCGGCUAAGGCUGCCAGUCAGCCUGCUGCAACGACAGUUCAGUCUACUGCUGUUGAUAGACCUACAGUGAGUGAAAGCCAGUCAUCUGGCAAUGAAAUUAAACAGCAGCAGGUACAGGCAAAAUCACCUCAUCAAGCUAUGCAGCCUAUGGGAAGUGCAGGGAGUAUUUCAACUGAUAAUCAAGGAGUGAAGCAAGGGCCAGAUGGUGCACAUGGUCCUUUAGGUGAUUUUCGAUCACCCAUAACUCAUACAAUAGUUGAUUCUCAACAGACAGCAAUUCCUAGUCAACAAGGGCAAUAUUCUAGUCAAACAGCUGAAGUUGUAGGAAAAUCAGUGACACCUGUUGAAGGUGCAAAUGUCCAGUCUGAAAAUAUUUCUGUGCAACAAGGAAGUACAUUUGAAUAUAUACCAGAUUCUCAUCCCAAUACAACAGCUCAGAAAGAAAAUACUGAUGCUGAACCUUUAGUUGAACAAGAAUGUAAAGAUGGUUUUCAUUGUGGUACACCACCACCUCAACAAGAAUGUAAAGAUGGUAUACACUGUGGUACGCCACCACCCCAACAAGAAUGUAAAGAUGGUAAACAUUGUGGAACACCACCACCCCAACAAGAAUGUAAAGAUGGUAAACAUUGUGGAACACCACCACCCCAACAAGAAUGUAAAGAUGGUAAACAUUGUGGAACACCACCACCCCAACAAGAAUGUAAAGAUGGUAAACAUUGUGGAACACCACCACCACAGCAAGAAUGUAAAGAUGGUAAACAUUGUGGAACACCACAACCACAACAAGAAUGUAAAGAUGGUAAACAUUGUGGAACACCACCACCCCAACAAGAAUGUAAAGAUGGUAAACAUUGUGGAACACCACCACCCCAACAAGAAUGUAAAGAUGGUAAACAUUGUGGAACACCACCACCCCAACAAGAAUGUAAAGAUGGUAAACAUUGUGGAACACCACCACCCCAACAAGAAUGUAAAGAUGGUAAACAUUGUGGAACACCACCACCACAGCAAGAAUGUAAAGAUGGUAAACAUUGUGGAACACCACCACCCCAACAAGAAUGUAAAGAUGGUAAACAUUGUGGAACACCACCACCCCAACAAGAAUGUAAAGAUGGUAAACAUUGUGGAACACCACCACCCCAACAAGAAUGUAAAGAUGGUAAACAUUGUGGAACACCACCACCCCAACAAGAAUGUAAAGAUGGUAAACAUUGUGGAACACCACCACCCCAACAAGAAUGUAAAGAUGGUAAACAUUGUGGAACACCACCACCCCAACAAGAAUGUAAAGAUGGUAAACAUUGUGGAACACCACCACCCCAACAAGAAUGUAAAGAUGGUAAACAUUGUGAAACACCACCACCCCAACAAGAAUGUAAAGAUGGUAAACAUUGUGGAACACCACCACCCCAACAAGAAUGUGAAGAUGGUAAACAUUGUGGAACACCACCACCCCAACAAGACUGUAAAGAUGGUAAACAUUGUGGAACACCACCACCCCAACAUGAAUGUAAAGAUGGUAAACAUUGUGGAACACCACCACCACAGCAAGAAAACAAUGCCAAUACUGAUGUACACGAGAACCUGGGUAGUGUUUCUAUGGCUAAUGUAGUUGUUUCAACAGAAACUGUCCCAACACCAGCAGGAUCGUUCAUGAUCUCUCCGAUUUCAGUUCAGGUAGAUCAUCCGUACAUAUCGAUGCCCAACGCUGUGAAGCCAACUCCAAUAACAGCAGCACAAAGUGGCAGUCCACAUGCUGAUUAUAAACCUGUAAGUCCUGGUAACAAAGUGGCUUCCAUUCAAGCAAGCGAAGGAAGUGCAUUUUCCAGUUCUUCAGUACAGAGAUCAUCAUCAAGAAAUGUUACGCCUUCAGCAGUUGCUGCUGAUAAUUCCAGCGAGGGCACAGAAAUGGAGUUAGAUCAAGUUACAUUAGCCACAUCACAAGAAGCUGAAACCAGCAUUGUACCAAGUGCCAAGUACAGUGAUGCUGAUACUAAUCAUUCUGUUCCCAGUUUUGCAGAACCAUCUAUUAGAAAUGAGCAUAACAUUGUCAAUGAAAUGGUGAAGGUGGAACAAGGUAGUGUUGAACCUGCUACAACAGUUUCUUCUUCAGAAUCAGCCCAACCCAGAGAAGAGCCAAUGUACACUACAUUUAAUGUGUCCACAGUUGCAGAAAACAAGGUCAUGGACUAUAUUGUGGAUGUCACACCAGCAAUAACUACAUCUUCUGCACAAACUCAACCCAAAUUGGCUGAAAGGUCACCAGAAGAACAGUUCAGUGUGGAGAAAGAAUCCACUAAUGCUAAAAAUCAACCAGUAACACAGUCUUCUUUGCCAGCAGCACAACUUACCUCAUCAGCAUCAGAAGCAAAUGGAAAUGCUGGGCCAGCUUUCAGUACUGUUGGCCCGGCCUCUAUACCACUGACAUCUGUUCCAAAGCCACAACACUUCAGGCCCCUUACAGGUCCUGGAGAAGGUGUUCCCAGGCAACAGGAGUUACCUGUUACAGGCAAUAUUUCCCAGGCUGCACAAGACACAGGCAGUGUUCAGGCACAAGUUGCAGCUCCAUCUGCCCCUUCUGUUACUGAUGCCAACAGAUUGAAUGCAUUGUAUGAGAUGGGGAGAGGUAGGGGUGUUCCUUCUCAGUUUCAUAUGAAUGCUUCCCAAGGAAUGCCACCAAGACCUGAAUUUCUGCAAAGGAUGCCAGGCCAUGAUUCUCGUAUGCCACCACGAAUGCAAAUGGAUGGUGUGAGACCAGGCAUGGAUGUGCAGGAAAGACAUUCAAUGCAUGAACGAGGUGACCCCAUAAAUCAUGAGAGCCAAGUCUUCAUGGAAGUUCACCCUUCGUCUUCCAGUCAGGUUCCCAGCCAGGAUCCGAGAUACUUCCUGCAGGAUCCCAGGUAUGCCAUGCCAGGGCAUCCAGGAAUGCCACAGGAUCAGAGAUAUUUCAUGGGCGACCCACGGCUACCGAUGGGCUACAGGCCGCUAGGCUAUCCUCCAAGACCAGGCAUGCAAAGAGUGGCUGGGCCUCAGCAGAUGCCUCAGCAUUAUCCAAAUCCGCAAUUUUCUCAGAUGCCAAGCCAUCCUGGUGUGGGAAUUAGUCCUGAUCCAGCAUUUUCUCAGGCACAUUCAGCUAUGCAGUCAAUACCACAGCAAACAUCAGGAGGAAUGCCCCCGUCAGUUGUACCUCCGUUAAUCCAUUCACGAUCAACCAGCUCGAGUCCUCACAACCAAGUAGAUGUAAGGACAAAUGCACCCAUGCCAAGUCCAGGGUCCAGUAGUAAGUCUCAGACGCCUCCAGCAGCUAUUGGGCAGGCCUCUCUGCCAGGCAGUAAUAGAUCAACACCAGUGUCGAGGCCUCCAAGCGUUCAGAGACAAUCACCUGCCCUGUCAACGGGCAAUCAUAGUCAGAAGUCCUCUCCAGGAAACUCCCAGUCGCCCGGCCAUGUAAGCACUGGCCAGGUUGUCUCUAGCGCUGCUGAUGAUUUACAGUUACCGUCAGUGACAGCCACAUUUGCUGCUGUUGGCUGGCAUAGAUUGGCAGAGGACAAUUCAGAGCAGUCUCCAUUUGUACAGCAGACAUCCACAAGUACUUCAAGUGCACCCGUACCAUUCUCAUCAGUGUCGUCCAUGGUGCAUGCAGUGUCAACUGUGUCAUUUCCGCCCCUAGGCGGCCAAUCAUCAACGCAGCAUUCCUCUGCCUCAGUAGAGGUCUCAUUGCCCCCUAGUACUUAUGUUAAGGCUGAACCAAAUGCAAGCCUAUCUGUUUCAUGCUCCAAUCCAUCGAUGCCAACAUCAAUGCAUGCAUCUUUCACCAGUAUAUCUGAGAGCCCCCCAACUUCCCAUUUUCCAAGUUCUAUGUCAAUGUCAGUCUCAUCUUCAUCAGCUGGAGUUCAGGCAGGGUCUGAGAGCAUGCAGCAUGGCGCUAUGCCGUCGCUGUCCGGGCCCCAUCAGCAACCACACUCAGGCCCGCCAAGAAUGCACUAUGCGCAGGCUGCAGGAGCCGGGGCUAGACCACGAGGACAGAGGUCGCAGCAGAAUACAUUCAACCAUCCUAAAUACCAGAUGCCUGGGAACCUGACUCCACAUUUAGUGAAGGUAUUGGCGAAUGAUGCACCUGCUAAAGGCAUGUAUGUGAAUCAGGAGAGACAUAUGAACCCAGCAAUGGGACAACAGAUGAGAUUUCCACCACCCUCACAUCCAAUGGGUGGGAUGGGUCCCAGAGGCUUCCCCAGCCCCAAUGAUGGCGAUAUGCAGAUGGGGCUCCGUCAUCCCAUGAUGCAACAGCACCCGGGUAUGCCAGGUAUGCCCCCCGGUAUGCGGCAUCCUGGCAUGCGACCGUAUGGUCCUCCCCAAGGUCAUGUAAUGCCACCAAUGCAGCCAGGACAGAUGUCUCCUACAAGCCACCCUGGUGGGAACCCCAUGCACCACCCUUUGGGUGCACCAAGCUCCGGUAUGACAAUGAUGGGGCCGCCAUCAGGCAUGCCUCAUGGAAUGCCUACACACUCUUCCACAGAAAUGCUUUCUCCGACACAGAGGCACCCUGGUGUGUCUCCAAACGCAGGAAGCAUGCCGUCUGUGUCCUCUCCAAACUCAAUGCCAUUCUCCCACGGAGCCAUUCCUCCCUUGUCUAUGCCCAGGAAUUCAGCACCUGGUGGUUUUGGCGGUGACAUCCGCCAGCAAUUCCAGCAGUUUAACAGGAUGCCUGGACCCCCUAGAAUGCAGUUUGACCCAAGAAUGUCAAUGGACCAUCGCAUGCAGUUUGAUCCGAAUCAUUCUAGACCAGUAGAUGGUGCCGGUCCAGGGCCGAGAUUUUCGCCUGGUUACCUGUUUUCUGGGCCCUCUAUGAGUCAUGAACAAAUGGUCUCCGUGAGCCACGAGGAGGCAGUGAGACGAAUGGGGCCUCAACCCACUGCUGGGGCCUACACCUCGAGUCCGGGAAUGCACAUGUCAGGACAUGGUCACGAAAGCAUGAUGACCAGUCCGCCUAUGGUCAGCCCCGGAAGUAUGCACAUCAAGCAGGAAUCUCAAGAUGGAAUGGAUACAGCACAGAAUGCUAUGCUGAAAAAACUGCUGGCAAAGCAGAAAACUGCCAUGACCAAAGCAGCCCAGGCAGCUAUUCCAUCAGGGAAGAUAACUCCAUCAUCUGAACACUCAGAGGACUCUAAUGAUAUUCAGUUGACGCCUGAACAGCAGCGCAAGCUGGAAGAGAUCGAGAAGAUGCCACUGAUGAAAGAGCGAUCCAUGAUGGACCCUGGGCUAGGACUUGAUCCCAAUGAUCCCAACUUCGCUGCAAAACGUGAUGAAUUUGAUAGGAAAAGAAAAGAGAUGGAAGAGCAGCGAAAAAUCAAGAGAAAAAAUCCUGACGGAACUCCGAAGAAAAGAAAAUACACAAAGAAAAAAGACCUUCAAAAUCAGGAACAACAACAACAACAGCUAAUGGCGAUGCAGGGUCAAGGUCAAGGGCCCCUUCAAUGUCAAGGGCAGCUUCAAGGUCACAGCCCUGGUGAAGUUCAUCAGGGACCCUUUAAUGCACAGCAACAAGGUCAGGCUGUGGAAGGUCAGUCAAUUGGAACGCUUGUAUCGCCGGAACUGCCGCAGAAACCGAAGAAAAAAACGCAAGCCCAGGAAGGAAAAGACCGUGGAAGGGGUGCCUAAUGAUACUGCAGCCCAGGACAACAUCUUUGAGACGUUCAGCCUGCAGUUGAAGCAGCUACCUGCAGUCCCUUUGAUGGAGCCCUUCGUUGGCCUCAUGCAUGCCAUUUGCUCCCUGGCAGGGGUCUCCCAGGAUG